CUCUCUUUCUCUCUCUCAUUGAAUGGGGGGGAAGUUGUGAACAAACAUCAAGACGGUUUUCCGAACACGUUACAUGGAAAAAGAAAAAGAAGCGAGGAUAGAACUCCAGAGGGCUUACAGGGGAACCUUGUCUAGUACCCCUUAAAAUAACUGAACUCGAAGUACAGAUAGUUUCAUGUACAUUUUUGGUUCUAUGUCAUUUAUGCUUUGAGUUGGAUUGAUGCAAAUGAUUGGAUAUUUAUGCUUUUAAAAAAAUUUUGAACUGUUGCACGUUUAUGAAAUGGAUACCGAGUAUUGAAGACAGGUUUUACCUCCGCUGACAGCUGAUGCUUGGAGCGGCUCAAGGGAGUUUCCACAUCGGGCUGACGCACACUGGAUGUCUGAUCUGGUCAACAACUCUGCAAGCCUUACUCAGCACUUCAGAUACACUCUAAAAAUUCCUGAAAGUUGAUAUUUUUGUGCAAUGAAAACAGUUUUAUAAGAGUUUGAAGAACCGGAGAAGAUCUUUUUCAUUCAUUUUUAAAGCUCGAAUCUGAAAUAUUUAAAAUACUUUGCAACUAAGCUGUUUUUAUCUGGACAGAGGAAACAUAUCCAGUACAAAAGAGAUCUGACAAGUCAAUAUUUUUUAGAAGAAAGUGAGAGUCUACUGGAUUUAAGGUGUCCCAGUAGCAGCUGAAGCCCUCUGGAGCCAUGUCUCUGUCGGCAGACCUGAGCUGUCUUCAGAGCGGAGCCGGGGCCGAGAGGGAGGCAGCCAUGGCCUCUUUGGAGAAGGAGCUCAUCUGUCCCAUCUGUCUGGAGAUCUUCAACAAACCUGUGGUGAUCCUGCCCUGCCAACAUAACCUCUGCCGCAAGUGUGCCAAUGAGCUCUACCAGCCAUCCCUGUUCCAGGCCAGGACGUCCAUGCUGGUGAGCAGUGGGCGUUUCCGUUGUCCGUCCUGCAGACACGAGGUGAUUCUGGACAGACAUGGAGUGUACGGGCUCCAGAGGAACCUCCUGGUGGAGAACAUCAUCGACGUGUACAAGCAGGAGGUCUGCAAGAGCGCCGCCAUCAGCCUGCCCCCUCCACCGCGUCUCCCUCCUCCUGAACCCGCCCAGGCCACGUGCUCGGACCACGAGGGGGAGAAGGUGAACAUCUACUGCCUGAGCUGCCGUGUGCCCACCUGUUCGCUCUGCAAAGUGUUCGGAGCCCACCAGUCCUGCCCCGUGGCCCCCCUCACGCAGGUCUACCAGCAGCAGAAGGAUGAGCUGAGAGAAGGUCUGGACUCUUUGGCAGAACACAGGACUAAAAUACAGACUGUGAUCGAUGAACUCAACCAGAUGUGCAUCGACUUAGAGGAAGCGUACAGAGUUCAGAAACAAACCGUCUCUGAUCAGUUUGAGCACAUCAACUCCGUCCUGGAGGAGAGGAGAAAGUCUAUGACGGAGGUGAUCAGUGCAGAGGAGGAGGAGAAGACGGGCCGAGUCAAAGCUCUGCUCAGACGAUAUGGAGAAACGGUCUCAGUGAACAGUAAACUCCUGGAGAGAGCCCAGGCCACCAUGGAGGACACAGACUCUGUGGCAUUUGUACAGAGCUCCAAAGACAUCAUCGACAAGUUGCUCGUAGCGACCGCCUCGUGUCCCUCAGAGACACUGGACCCCGACGAUGAGAACCUGAGUCAUUACCAAUAUAACUUCAGCCGACAGUACAGGGCCCUGCUCAGCUUAGACUUCCCCAGAGAGGACAUACCGGAGGAGCUGGAGUCAGAAUCGGAGACAGAGGAGACGACGGAAACAGAAGACACAGAGGAGACGCCUGCACAGCGCAUGGACUCCCCCUCACAAACUGUAAAAGACUGUCCAGCGACCGUCCCAACAGAGCCCCUCGAGGUACAGGACAAGGAGACAGGGGACGGGGAGAGGACAGAGCCACAGAGGGACAGUGGAGAUGGACUGGAAAGAGUGGACAGAGUGGACAGAGUGGACAGAGUGGACAUGGAGGGGACAGAGCUCAGGCACAGAGGAGCAGAGCCUGUUCAGAUCCAGAGGGAGGAGAUCCCAGAGGAGACCCACCAGAGACGAGUGGAGAGGCCUGUGUCCGCUCAGGAGGUGAAGGAGGAGGGCAUGACCACACUACAGGCGAUCACUCUUGUCUUCUACCUUCUGGCGUUCCUCGUCAUCCUGCAGAGGUUCUGGAUCUACAUCGGCCGCUACAUUCUCUUAUAAUCCCACAGUACAGGAGCUGCACCUGUCACUGCUGCAUGUCCAGACUGAACCAGAGUCCAGCCCUGACGCUCCUCCUCCUCCUCAACGUCCCAUGUUUUACUUCUCCUGGCUCAACCGUCUGCACAAGAGCCAGUGAAGACAGAGAGCCCCCAAGAGACCCAGAGAGACCCCAGUGAAACCCAGAGAGACCCAGAGAAACCCAGAGAAACCCCAGUGAAACCCAGAGAGACCCAGAGAAACCCAGAGAGACCCAGAGAAACCCAGAGAAACCCCAGAGAAACCCAGAGAGACCCAGAGAAACCCAGAGAGACCCAGAGAGACCCAGAGAGACCCAGAGAGACCCCAGAGAGACCCAGAGAAAACCCAGAGAGACCCAGAGAGACCCCAGAGACCCAGAGAAACCCCAGAGAAACCCAGACAAACCCAAACAGUCCGGGAUAGGGUCCAGACUGGGCCCUGUGGUCUGAACUGGGGUUUGAAGUCCGGUCUGAGGCCUGGAUGGGGCUGAAUGCCACGGAAAUGUGUUAAGAAUAAAAAUGAUAUAGAGACUAAACUAAAAAUGGUACUGAGAAGUUCUUUAGUUUAUAAACCUAGACUCUUGUGGUAGUUGAAAAGACAAAUAUUUCUAUGAUAUUAUGCACAUAGACUUAGAGAAUAAAUAGGAGUGUGUGUAGUUUCAGAGCAGGUUUUGUGCAUUUACUUGUGCAUACUAAAAAUAACAGACCAUGUUUGCUACUUCUACCAUGACAUCAAAAAUGAUAAUAAUAAGUUACAUCAUCGUGGCACCUACAUGUUCACUGUCCCCAAACCACAGCCCAUGUCCUCUUUUGCUGUGCAAGAGUAGAUUCUGUUUUGUUAAAAGUGCACUAACUUUUCUAGAGGGGCAUCUGUCUCCUACUCGUCUCCACGGAAAUGUUAUUGAUACCCACAGCGAAUCGAAGUCUUUUGUCCAGUUGACAGAAUAGAAAUUUUCUUUGGUGACCCACAAUGUGGCAUCUCCAGCCAUCAGUUUACAGGCCAGAUCUGUGGAGAAGCAAACCCACUCACAAUUAGGAGGAACUGGAAUAAAAUUAGGAAAAUUUAAGAAUAAAACCCCUAUGAUUGAUUAAAUGUAAAAGGUAUAUUUUAAUGCAAUACUGUACUAGCCACACUGGUGCCACCUAAUGCUUCUGCUCAAUUUAAUUUCUCUCCAGCGACUAGGUCAGGAAUCAGAAUACACUACAUGGUUCGCAAAAACCACGGAAGUGUGAGUCCGGGCACCAGCCAAUCAGAGAAGAGCCAUAUUCUGUGUUGGCAACGAUUCCCGAGAUCGAAGAUUUAAAGCCGCAACAAAGAGAAUGUUUGGUGAAUUUUAUCAAGGGGAAAGACGUUAUUGUCCUUCUUCCUACAGGAUUUGGGAAAAGAUUAAUAUACCAGUUAGUCCCGUUAGUGGAGCAGUACAGACAUCACGACCAAAUAACAGCAAUUGGUUAAAUAAAAAAAGUACCUGCCUACUGUCGAGCGAACAAAUCCUAAUGUUGUGAGGUCACACGUUUUCCACAAAGUGAAACUGGCUAAUGAAUCAGGCUAAUACUGUCCAACAUUCCUGGCAAAAUAAUAACAUUGUCUUGGAAAAGGAUAACUGGGAGACGUCCCUCCAGAAAAGUUACACUUUUUGUUUUGUUCACACUUUGGUUUUCUUUUAGAUUUUAAUUCACUUUUGAAGUGCUGGUCCUCUAUCUGAAAAAAAAAAAAGUGAAUUUAUUACAGUAACAUUACAGUGGUUCUUUUGUAAGUUCAGACACGAAAUUAUUUGCUUAAUAUGAUUUUUGUUUUUUCCACAAUGUGACUGAAUCAGGCCUAUUGAACUGCUGUGUACCUUUCAACAAUAAAGUUUUUUUCAAUUA